CUUAUACAUCUCUAUGCCGUUGUUGUGCAAUAUCUGAGGCGUGUUCCUUUUAAAAAGCUGAAGGUAUUUAGACAGUAGGGAAGCAUUUCUAAAAAUCUCGGUAAACCAUUGCAAUAAGUAUGCCAGUUUAUAUUAUCACCAUAGGUUCUUGUGUCGAACGGUGCUAAAUGAACCAUGGUGCAUGCAUGGAAGUAUUCGGGGCGGAGAAGUCUCGCCUCUGCUAUGGAAGUCCUGGAGAAACGUCAGCUUGAUUGCAGAGUCUGUGGACGCCAGCACACGAUUAACUUGUGUUGCUGUGGCCACCCAGCGCCAUGCACGGUCCUGUACCCACAAUUUUGUGUUCAGGCGCUUUGUGGCUUCGAUGGAUCUAGCUGUGGAGUAAAGUAUGCGUCCUUCGCAGCCUUCGCACCGGCAGUGUUGGAUACGGAUGCCGGUAUGCCAUGUUUUCAGACCUGUUGUCGCAGCGCGGGCUUCGAAGCACGGCGCCGUUGCCCGGUCCGUUACCCAUGCCGGGCGCCCGUCCAGCGCGCCCCGCCUUCCUGCAACAACUAGCCGAGCGUCGGCGCCGUGUUAUCGGUGGGAUGUCGUGCCCUGGACUGCGCGACGAAUGUUAUGCCUGCCUAUACGGCUGUUCCCAGGCGGGUGUGUUGGGGCCGCGGGACAUUGAGGCCGCCAUCAUGGACACGGGCGACGAUGCAGGGCGCGCGCUAGCCUGGUACCCCGGGUUGUUGAUGGCAUGGCGGUUUGAUAAGGCGGAUACAUUCUUAGAGAAUCAGCUUCCAGCAUACUACGGCGAAAUCGACUCCAUCCGAAAUCACCAAUUGAAGCGUUCAGUCGACGCUGCUUCACUGCGAGUCGCUGCGACACAGCGAGUCGCGACAGACCCAAGUGUCAUUGUCCCCUUCCGUUCUGCCAAGGGACUUGAGCGUGCGGGACACGUUGAGCUCUUUGAGCGGCUCAAGGUGGUCACAUCCGCAUUGAUCACCGAGCGGGCAGAUCGAAUAGCGCUGGACAGGGAGAUUAAGCGGCGGACAUCCCUUUUCCAGGCUGAUAGAGUGAGGCUACAGGCAUACGCUCGGGCAGAUACAUCACGCAGUGAACCCGUCCGACUGCUCAAAACAUCACAACAACGAGGUAUGAUGCAGUGUCGGCAUGCGCGCCAGCUCAUCAACCCCCGGAAGAUGAUGAUGAUCGGGCCAUACCUCAUCAGCUUCCCUGCACUGCGCUCGCGGAGCAAGCGCAUGCCCCAUGUCAACAUCUCGUCCCAGGAUCUCAACUACAAGGACAAACAGAACCAGCACGCCACUCUCAAGUAG